AGGGCGUUCUUAUUUGACGGUCCUUGUUGACAGUAUCAUGACUUUGAAUACAGCAUGCUGAGGCAUAUACCGCUGUUAUGACCCUGAUUUCCACGAUGCUACUCCGCCUGCGCCCACCAAUACUGAUCGGUUGCUUACAAGUGAUCGUGCACGCCUCAAGCUGUCGUUUGUGCGUUCGUGAGGGAUUCUUAUGCACAGGUGUGCUGGAACACCAAACCAACUAUCCAGCGCUAGCGAAGCGCAUGCCACUCCACUUCUGUGGUGCACAGGCACAAUUUGUCAGGGCGUUCUUUGCUCGUUCCCCUUCUCUUUUCAAGUACCUCUCAAACAGUUGUUGUGACUCCGCCUUCCGAUGCUGAUGUAUUGCCAGUAAGUAGCUGACAUAAAAUGUAUUUAGGUGAUGUGCAUCACUGUCGCUCUGACGCUGGUGGGUCGAGUCUACUUGUUGUUGGGGUACACACAACAAAUAUGAUUCAACUUUCCAGCGUUAGCGAAGCACACAGUGGACGCUGUGGACGUCCUCUCCUCUCAAAUAAUUCUUGGUUGACUCCAGGGCGUCAAUACAUUAGAAUCCUCGGGGAACUAACAUUCACCAUCAUG